GACGGCCCAUGCUGUGGUGCGACUUGCCGCCCGCAGCUGCAAGAGAACGAUGACCUUCGUGGUGAAGGCCAGGGACUUGCAGGGAGCGCCGCUUUGCCUCUCCGCCACGGCCACGGCCACCGUCCGCCUCAACGACAUCAACGACAACUGGCCCGUCUUCGAUGCCACCAUGGUUGUAGGGAAGGUGAUGGAGAACAAGCGAGACGUGACGGUGGCCGGGCUCUCCGUGAAGGACCGGGACCAGUCGGGUUCGCCCAACUGGCGCGCCGUCUACCGCAUCGUGGCCGGCGACGAGCAGGCCCAGUUCACCGUGCGCUCUGUGCCGGAAACCAACGGCGGAGCCGUCACGGUGGUCAAGCCGCUGGACUUCGAGAUAAAGGAACGCUACACGCUGGUCAUCGCCGUGGCCAACGAGGUGCCGUUCGUGGGGCCCUCCUCGGAGACGGAGCGCACGGCCACCGUGGAGAUCAGCGUGACCAACGAGGACGAGCCUCCGGCCUUCACCCCCAACCCCAAGGAAAUCUACAUCGAGGAGCAGAACCCGCCGGGAAAGCAGCUGGACAAGCUUGUGGCGCGCGACCCGGACUUGGCCCAGCAGGGGCUGCCCCUCAGGUACCAGAUCGCGAGCGACCCGGCGCACUGGGUGAGCGUGGAGCCAGCGACGGGCGUCCUCACCGCCACGGCGAGCAUGGACCGCGAGUCGCCCUUCGUCAAGAACGGCACCUACACCGUGACCGUGCUCGCCAUCCAGGACGGCAGCCCGCCCAGUACGGGCACGUCCACCGUGAACAUCUACCUGAAGGACCUGAACGACAACGCGCCGGUGGUGUCGGUGCCGGGCAGCGCCCAUGCGUGCCUCCCCGAGGACGCGUCCUCGCCCACCGCGCCGGUGGUGCUCAGGGCCACCGACGCCGACGCCGUCCCCAACGGCGCUCCCUUCACCUUCGAGCUGCUCAACGACCCCGCGGGCACCGUGGACCGCUGGGACCUGCGGAAGAACGGAACCGACUCAGCGGUGCUCGCCCUCAAGACGGCCAUGCUGUCGCCUGGCUACUACAACUUGUCGGUGCUGGUGCGCGACCAGCAAGGCCUGGGCGAGCCGCGGCGCGUGCCGAUCCGCGUGUGCCGCUGCGGGGGCCUCCUGCAGGGCUCGGCUUGCUCCGGCGACUCGGUCGGCGGCAUCGGCCUGGGCUGGGAUGCCCUCGCCGCCAUCCUCUUCUCCGUGUUCGCGAUGCUGCUGUUCGGGCUGCUGUGCUGCCUCUUCUGCCGCUCCCAGAAGCCCCGGCUGCUACACCUGGAUGACUUCGGCGGCAUGAACGCCGGCCUCAGCUCCCUGGUCAAAUACAACGAGGAGGGCGGCAAGGAGCACGACAAGGUGGUGCCGAUGUUCACGGAGGCCGACGUGGAGGCGACGACUCCCGGGGUCCACAAGGGCCGCCUAGAGUUAAUGGACGACGGCUCGGUCAACGGGGACAGCGGUCACACCAACUCGGGCCGGUGGAGUAACAACGGCUGGGCUGAGACGACCGAGACGAUUACCACGACGAAGGUUAAACAACACGCGAGGAUGUAAAUAACUGAAAACGAAUGGAGGAAGGAACGAGCGAGGAGAGAGGAGAGCGGGGGGUGGUGGGUGGGCUGGGGGU